AUGGAUGAGCCAAAAGAAUACUUCUAUGGCCGUGCCGAACGCUCGGCGAGUUUUACGGAUGUAAACGACUGCAGUAAUCUAUGGAACGAAGACGAAGUCAUCGCAAUGGACAUUUACACUGCUUGUGCUAUCGGCGAAUACAGCUGUGUACAGCAGCAUCUAGCAGAUGGAGUGGAGUUAGCCGAUCUUGAUAAACCCAACUGUGGUGGAUGGACUCCUCUAAUGUACGCUGCUUACGUUGGCCAUGACAAUAUAGUUAAUCUGCUCCUCGACUACCAUGUUAAUGUGAACGCGACUACAGCAGAAAAUGGGGCUAACGCGCUUAUGCUUGCGGCAAGUUGUGGAAAUGAAUCUGUUGUUUACUUCCUACUGCAGAACGGUGCUAAGAUCGAUGCUCAAGACAAGAGAGGUUGGACUGGUUUGUUUUAUGCAACGUACCAAGGACAUCACAAGGUUGUACAGUUGUUGUUGGAGAACGGUGCUGACAUGGAGUUAAGGUAUUCAAUAUUCCCUUCAUUCUAA